AUGUUUAUAAUUAAAAGUAUCAUUUAUCCUUUUUUGCGUAUUUGGUUAUCAACCGUGUGCUACACGAUAACUUUAGAUAAUCAAAAAUUUUAUGAAGGCCUUCCUACUGUCCCCGAUGACCCUGAUUUAUUAAUGGAAGAACCCGAAAAUUUUGCUGUUGAAUGGCCGCCGCAAUUUAAUUUUGAAGAAAUUUGCAAAAAUAAUGAAACUAAACGAAGAACUCUUAACAGCUUCAUGCUUUUUCGUAUCAAAUAUUUGGAAAGUCUUCAGCAACUUGGGAUUGUACGUUCGAUGGGAAUUGUAAGCAAAAUGGCUUCUAAAGCGUGGGGAAAUUUGCCACAAAAUAAAAAGGAUUAUUAUGAAGACAAAAUGAGCAAGCAAAGGGGGGCUCGUAAGCAAAAAUCUCAACACCACGUAGUAAAUAUGGCUGAAGAAAAUCAUGAAU